CCCAAUCAUACACUAACUUCUUGCUUUCCAAUAAAUCAUGAAACUAAGCACAGCCUUAGCACACAAAAACAAUCCCUCCCUCCUUCCCUUACUCUCUCUCUCUUUCUCUAGAAGAGAGAACUAAACGAUAAAAAAAUACAAUGGUUCUAGUGUCAAAACAUGGGGGAGGAGGGGAAGAAGAUGCUGCAGUGGAUUUUAGGGGAAACCCAGUGGAGAAGUCAAGAACCGGGGGAUGGCUUGCUGCAGGGCUCAUCUUAGGAACUGAACUCUCUGAAAGGAUAUGUGUGAUGGGCAUAUCAAUGAACUUAGUGACAUAUCUACUUUGGGAUCUGCAUCUUUCUUCAGCUAAGUCUGCAACUAUUGUGACUAAUUUUCUUGGGGCCCUUAAUCUUCUUGGCCUUCUUGGUGGCUUCUUAGCUGAUGCCAAGCUGGGACGGUUCCUCACUGUUGCAACCUUUGCUUCCAUAACUGCUGUGGGUGUGAUUUUGUUAACAUUGGCCACAACCAUCCCUGGCAUGAGACCUCCUCAUUGUGAUAUGUCCUCCACAAGGCAACUUCAUCAAUGCAUUGCGGCUAAUGGUGGGCAACUUGCCAUGCUCUAUGCUGCACUUUAUACCAUAGCACUUGGCGGAGGGGGGAUAAAAUCAAAUGUGUCGGGAUUCGGGUCCGAUCAAUUUGAUGUCAACGAUCCAAAGGAAGAGAAGGCUAUGUUAUUCUUCUUCAAUAGGUUCUACUUUGCCAUAAGCAUUGGAUCGUUGUUUGGUGUGAUUGUGUUAGUUUAUGUACAAGACAAUGUGGGAAGAGGCUGGGGCUAUGGAAUUUCAGGAGGGACCAUGGUGAUUGCUGUUAUUGUAUUGGUUUGUGGGACAACAUUUUACAGGUUUAAGAAGCCUAGAGGAAGUCCUCUAACAGUGAUAUGGAGGGUAGUGCUUUUGGCUUGGAAGAAGAGAAGCCUCCCUCACCCAGCUCAUCCCAGGUUCUUAAAUGACUACCAAAAUGCCAAGGUUCCUUACACCUACAGGUUCAUGUGUCUAGACAAGGCUGCAAUUCUGGACGAGGUUGCGGCGAUCAAUCAAAACAGAUAUAAUCCCUGGAUAGUCUCGACCGUGACUGAAGUCGAGGAAGUGAAAAUGGUUCUGAAGCUUUUACCCAUAUGGUCCACUGGCAUCCUCUUUUGGACAAUCUACUCUCAGAUGACUACAUUCACAGUAGAGCAAGCAUCAUUUAUGGAUAGAAAAGUUGGCAAGUUUGUGAUUCCUGCUGGUUCUAUGUCAGCCUUUCUAUUCAUCGCCAUCCUGCUAGUCACUUCCAUGAACGAGAAACUGUUCAUUCCCAUUGCUCGGAAACUGACUCACAAUGUCCAAGGUCUCACAAGCCUACAGAGGAUUGGGAUUGGCCUUGUUUUCUCAAUUUUUGGUAUGGUGGCUGCUGGAGUUGUUGAGAAGGAGAGGAGGGCAUUUGCUGUGGGACAAAAUACUCUUAUAAGCGUUUUCUGGUUAAUACCUCAGUUCUUCUUGGUUGGUGCUGGAGAGGCAUUUGCAUAUGUUGGACAACUCGAGUUUUUCAUCAGAGAAGCACCAGAACGAAUGAAAUCCAUGAGCACAGGACUUUUCCUUAGCACCCUUUCCAUGGGAUUUUUUGUAAGUAGUUUGUUGGUGACGAUAGUAGAAAACGUAACCAACAAGCAAUGGCUGAAAAGUAAUCUCAACAAGGGAAACUUGAACUACUUCUAUUGGCUACUUGCAGUGUUGGGACUGCUGAACUUUUUAUUUUUUCUUCUACUGGCCCGGAAACAUCAGUACAAAAACCAGCAUUAUUCCAGUUCUAAUGACAACAAUGAGGAGCUCAAGAGUUCAAGUGACAAGAUCGCACUUGAAAUGGAAGGACCAAUUAGCAUGAAGGCAACAGAAACCUAGGGUGUGUGCUUGAAGAAGUGUCCCUUUUAUGAGUUUAAGAGCCUGUGUGUAAGUUUGUAACAUCUCAAAGCCUUUACCAACAACUAAAACCAUCCUAGGCUCUUAGAAUUAAUGAGCAGAUUAGCAGAAUUUAGCAUAUUUCAAAUAGUGUUCUAAAGUGAAAAAGGGCGUGCAUUCAUUGA